CUCGUCAGCGACGACGCCGGAGAUACGAGAUCUGUGUGUUUCCGAAAGCACAGCUCUCGCGAGGUUGAUUGGUCGUGAGGAGGUCAAGCAAGCAAGCACGCACAGCGAAGCGAAGCGAAGAUGGCGGUCAAGAUCGGCAUCAAUGGGUUCGGCCGCAUUGGAAGGUUGGUCCUGAGGGCUUCCCUCAACCACCCUAACGUGCAGGUGGUGGCUGUGAACGACCCUUUCCUUGAUCCCGAGUACAUCGUCUACCUCUUCAAGUACGACACCGUGCACGGCAAGUACAAGGGCGAGGUCGGUCUGUCCGCCGACAAGAAGCUGGUCUGGGGUUACUCCAACCGUGUGGUGGAGUUGAUUGAGCACAUCUCCAAGGCUUAGAUGAUUGUGAGGGAGUAGGCGUGUCAAUGUGUGUUGUGUGCGUAGGUAGGUAGUAGCUAAUUAGUUGAGAGCGGUCAUUGCGAGGGCACUUGAUUGUGUUUUUCCCUCGUGAUUUCUUAUUGGCGGAAUUAUAGUGCGACUAUAUGUUGGCUUGUGCGUUUUCUUGCGUCGAAUUUGGGUAGCUUGUGGCGGGUAGGGAGAAGAGAAAAGGGAGUAGGGAGAGGUAUAGGGUGGACCUGCAAUAAGUCGAUGUUUCUUAUUCAAUCUAUUAUCCGUGGGAGGGAAAGAGAUGAAACAAACACGCUUAAAAGAGAUUCAGAUGGAAUGCUGGGGUGUUUCUGGUUCUCGGAGCUCGAUGGAUCGAAUGCUUCGGUAUUGUAAGUGGAAGCCGGACGCCCUCACGGGAACUUUAUUUCGACAUAAAAUGAGUUUUUUUUUUUUUUUUUUUUCUUUUUCGUGUUCAUCUGGGUUCGAACUGAGUUGUGUUUUCUUUGCGUUUAUCUAGUUCGAUCUAGAUAGAUUCGAUCUCGAUUGUGUUAUUUAUCAGUUCAAGGCAAAAGAAAAAUGUUUCAGUGUCUGGUUCUGGCAGUUCGACCGAAUACUUUGGGAUUUUAAGUGGAGAUCGGACGAUCUGAAGGCGAUUAUAUGCUUCGACAUAGGAGUGUUUCACGUUUUUUUUUUUUUUUUUCACUUGUGGAGUCCCAUCUGAAUUCGAACUGAGGUAUGUUGUUCCCGACAGUUCAUUGGUGUAUCGAAUUUUAUUUACGUGGUUGGCUGGUGGAGAACAGGAGGAGGAAUGGGCUGCUCGGGGAGUGAUUGAUUUUAAUGUCUUGUAGCUCGGGUUUUUAAAGUAGUGUUUUUUUUUUAGGGUUAUAUGGUCCAAUGAAUGACGGGGCAAAUA